GUAAAGUUGAAUGGUCAGUGGUUAUCGAACAAAUGGAAAAUUAUUACUAACAGUUGGAGUUUGGAUCUAUGAAUAAAGAAUGGCAACAGCUUCUGGUGAGACACGUUGUAUCCCAGGCCCUGGAAUCUCCAAGUUGCAGUUUGCUCCAUUCAGUAGUGCCUUAGAUGCUGGAUUCUGGCAUGAACUGACCCAGAAAAAGCUUAAUGAGUAUCGCCUGGAUGAAGCACCAAAGGACAUUAAGGGUUAUUAUUAUAAUGGUGAUUCAGCUGGCCUGCCAGCACGUUUGACUUUGGAGUUCAGUGCUUUUGAUAUAAAUGCUCCUACCCCAGCCCACUGCUGUCCGGCUGUUGGAACUUUAUUUAACACCAACACCCUCGAGUCCUUUAAAACUGCAGAUAAGAAGUUGCUUUUGGAAAAAGCAGCAAAGGAGAUAUGGGAAUCAAUAAAAUCAGGCGCUGCUCUUGAAAAUCCUGUACUCCUUAACAAGUUCCUGCUCUUGACGUUUUCUGAUCUAAAGAAAUACUACUUCUACUACUGGUUUUGCUACCCAGCCCUCUGCCUUCCUGAGGGUGUACCCCUUCUUCAGGAGCCAGUAUGUUUGGAUCAAAGGUUUUCGCCAAGCCAGAUCCAAGCCCUUGAAUGUGCGUAUGAUAAUCUUUGCCAGGCAGAAGGAGUUACAGCAUUGCCUUACUUUUUAAUUAAGUAUGAUGUCAACUCUGUUCUGAUCUCCUUGCUUAAACACUGCAACGAUUUCUUCCAAGAUCAGAGGAAAAAGAUUACAAUUGGAGUAUAUGAUCCCUGUAAUUUAGCACAAUAUCCCGGAUGGCCAUUGAGGAAUUUAUUGGUGUUGGCAGCAUACAGAUGGAGUGACCGUUUCCAGUCAGUUGAAGUUCUCUGCUUCCGAGACCGGACGCUGCAGGGGGUGAGGGACAUCACCCACAGCAUCAUCUUUGAAGUCCGGCUUCCAGAACUAUCAUAUAAUUCAGAUUGCCCAAAAGCCGUUGGUUGGGAAAAGAACCAGAAAGGAGGCAUGGGCCCAAGGAUGGUGAACCUCAGUGAAUGUAUGGACCCUAAAAGACUGGCUGAGUCGUCUGUGGAUCUGAAUCUUAGAUUGAUGUGUUGGCGGUUGGUGCCUACUUUGGACUUGGACAAAAUUGUGUCUGUUAAGUGUUUGCUACUUGGAGCUGGUACCCUGGGCUGCAAUGUAGCCAGGACGUUAAUGGGCUGGGGUGUCCGGCACAUCACCUUUGUGGACAAUGCCAAGAUCUCAUAUUCGAACCCUGUCCGGCAGCCCCUGUAUGAAUUUGAAGACUGCCUGGGAGGAGGGAAGCCCAAGGCCCUGGCUGCGGCCAACAGGCUACAGAAGAUCUUCCCAGGAGUGAAUGCUGCAGGAUUUAACAUGAGUAUCCCCAUGCCGGGGCAUCCUGUGAACUUUUCCAACGUCACCAUGGAACAAGCCCAGAAAGAUGUGGAACAACUUGAGAAGCUCAUUGGGGACCAUGAUGUGAUUUUCCUUUUGAUGGACACAAGGGAAAGCCGAUGGCUUCCUGCCGUCAUUGCAGCAAGCAAGAGGAAGUUGGUCAUCAAUGCUGCCUUGGGAUUUGACACAUUCGUCGUCAUGAGACAUGGACUGAAGAAGGCCAAACAACAGGGAGCCGGGGACCUGCACUCCGGCCACAUCAAUGCCUCGGCUGACCUCGGAUCAUCCCUCUUUUCCAACAUCCCUGGCUACAAGCUCGGCUGCUACUUCUGCAAUGAUGUUGUGGCGCCGGGGGACUCAACCAGAGAUCGUACCCUGGACCAGCAGUGCACUGUGAGCCGCCCAGGCCUGGCCAUGAUCGCAGGUUCCCUGGCAGUAGAGCUUAUGGUUUCGGUCUUACAGCAUCCAGAAGGGGGCUAUGCUGUUGCUAGUAGCAGUGAUGACCGCAUGAAUGAACCUCCCACUUCACUUGGGCUUGUGCCUCAUCAGAUCCGUGGGUUUCUGUCAAGGUUUGAUCACGUCCUUCCAGUCAGCUUGGCCUUUGACAAGUGUACUGCUUGUUCUUCCAAAGUCCUUGAUCAAUAUGAGAAAGAAGGAUUUAAUUUCCUGGCAAAAGUGUUUAAUUCUUCACAUUCCUUUUUAGAAGACUUGACUGGACUUACUUUGUUACAUCAAGAGACUCAAGCUGCUGAGAUCUGGGACAUGAGUGACGAUGACACCAUCUGAAGCAAGGACCGACUCCUGGUGGCCUCCAUCUCCCUGCCUGGCCUGCUUCCCCCCCAGCCCCAGCUGGUGUCUGCAGUGGGUGCGCCCUCUGGGCCUCGAGCUAGACUGUGGGCUCUGGGAGCUCGAAUCCUCCCCACCUCUGCGUCCUAACUUCCUUUGGAGAUGAGGUUUUUGCAGACAAACGCUUGCUCGUUGUGUAUCUUCUGCGCUGACUCAUGGUCACGCGCACACCUGCUUCAUGUAAUAGGCAGUUUCCAUUUUUCUCCUUCACUUUUCCCAUCCCUCCUGGGCUGCUUUGCUUUGGAAUUUCCGCGCUGUAGGGCUUUGAUCCCUUCCCUCAAUCUUCCAUUUGUCCUUCACCUUGGGAAAUAGUUGCUAUCCAAAGUACUGGGGAUCCCCCCAGGAGGGGAGAACUGGUUACUCUGCAGGAGGAAAACAGCCCUGGCCUAAGGUCCGAGCGGCUCUGGUUUGCAGCCUUAAGAAAAGGCCUGGACAAAAACAGAAAUAGAUCCCUUUGGGCAUUGUGACCCACUUUAGAGAACAAUGCCCUGCCCCCUUCUCAUUCCUUCCUUUUAGCAAGCCCGGCUGUCCGUGAUGCCGUUUGGGAAGAGAAUGUUCACACUAUACUCUUGUUCCUUGUAGAAUACCUGGGGGAACCCCCUGAGCAGGCGAGGAGGGUACGGAAACCCACCUGCCUCCCUCUUCUCUUGGACCAGGAGUUCUAGUGUUCUCCCAGACCCCAUGGGUUUGGCUUAAGGUGCCCAGAACCAGUGAUUGUGUUCAAGGAGACUUUCCCUGAGGGUCCUCGGAGCCCACCCUGGGCCAAAAGCACAGCAAUAACACUUUCCCCAAUAGGGCCUUCUUACCCUCAUCUCUGCCAGUGUGUACAGCACAGCACCCACAAUGCCCUAAGAGGGCAAUACAGGGAUGGAAAGCCAUUUCUGCCACUCUCUCGAUGGAAAAGCUUGCCAACAGCGAGCCAGUUCCCAUGGGUGCUGUCCCAGACCUUUGACCUGGCCUGCUCUCCUCUCUCCCCCUGAUUCCAAGGCAGUAAAGGCCAGAGACAAACCUGUGGGCAUUCCAUAGCACAGUCCUCACCAGCAAGCUCUGAUCAUAGCAAGCCCUUUUAUCCCUCAGUUUCCUAAUCUGUGAAAUGAAGGGGCUGGGCUUGGCGAGCUAGUUCUUAAGUCCCGGCCAGCUCCAGCAGUCCUUGUGGCCAGUAUAACUGGCCUUGAGCCUCUGUCCUGUGGGCAGGCUCACCCAGUGAGAGAGAAGCCCAUGGACGUCGACUCUAGGCGGCUUCAUCCCCGAGCCCUGGUCCAGAGAAGCAAGCUAGCCUGGCACCGGGUAAAGAAGGGGCCUGGGGAGGGCAGGGCAGCGCCACCCGGUGCAAUGAAAGCCAUAUGAAUGAGUGCAAGCGGGAUUAAAGUGAGCUAGCAGAG